AUGGCUCCAACACACAUUCCAACACACACGACCUUAAUAAUAUCUUCACUACAAUCCCUCCAACGUAGCGACCUCCCAAUCCUCAAACAACAACAACUCAUAGUCGCCUUCUUCGUCGUCACCUGUCUCCUCCUCCUCUUCCUCGUCUUCCUCGGCGACCAGCGCUCCUCUUCUACCCCUCCCUACCGACCUGCCAACGUCCGACGACGACCGGGGGAACAACGCCGACACAGGCGGAAAUCAAGCGGUGAUCAGCUUCCCGACAGUCCGCGGUCUGAACGAGGGGUGGUGGGUGAGAGAACGCCGUUGUUGUUCUCGGAGGAGUCUACGUUGGUUGGGUCGGAGGAGGAUGAAAGGGUGUUGGGGAAGGUGAAGAGGGGUGUUUCGUGGGCGGCGACGACGCCGCACACACCCUCGCCCCACACUGACACAGACCCCCCCUCGUCUGGGCAGCAGCGGAUCCCCGCAGCGUAG